AUGCCAACCAAGCCGUCGCCAACAGCAGACUCCCUGUCAUUGCAAGAUACAACACAACCCAGAUUAGUCGAGGACGAGGUUCUCGACGUGCUUAUUGUUGGGUCUGGACCUUGCGGGCUCGCCAUCUCCGCCCGUCUCUGCGAGCGAGCACCAGCAGCGACACACACCGACGAAGAGCACCGGCGCUGGCGCUGGCUGAAACAGUACGGCUCAAAGGUGGCGCUCAAGCAAACAAAGUCGGGCAAGGAAAAGCCCUCUAAGAACACACCUCGGGCGGACUAUAAGAUGAUGGUGAUUGACGCAGAGGGGGAUACAUGGCUGAACCGAUGGAAGAGGCUCUUCAGCGCAUAUGCCAUCAAGCACCUUCGGAGUCCCAUGUUGUGGCAUGUCGACCCCCUGGACCGGGACGCCAUGCUAGGCCACGCGUACCGGACGGGAAUGGACAAGGAUCUGGUAGAGAUCAAGAACUGCGUCGGCGCGGAGGUCAGCAAGCACCAGAAAAAGAAGAAGGGAACCGGCGACUGGAGGUAUGGCUCAAACAAGAGCGGACGUGCGGCUAUCAACCUACGGGACCAGAACGAUUACUACACUCCGUCCCAAAAGCUGUUUUGCGAGCAUUGCGACGAUGUGGUGGAUCGGUACAAUCUUGGAGGAGGCCUGAUUCGGCAAGAACGUCUGGAGGACAUCGACUAUAGUGUGGUCCGGGAUGUCUCUGUUGACGACGAGAAGCUAUUCACAGUGACGACGAACAAGACGAUCAAGUAUGCCAAAGCGGUUGUCAUGGCCGUCGGACCGGCAACCAAGGCGUCGAUACCUCGAACUCCCUCGAUGCCGCAGGAAGGCCCUGUACCACAGGCUACGCAUACGUUUGACAUUAGCCAAGUCCCAAGCCCGAUCAUCAAGGAACGCGUGGAGGCCGGCCGCAAUAGCAACGUCCUUGUGAUUGGAGGUGGCCUCACCUCUGCUCAGAUUGCCGACCUGGUCAUUCGAUCAGGCGUCACGAAAGUGUGGCAUCUGCUACGGGGAAAGCUCGUGCUCAAACACUUUGAUGUGACGCUGGAAUGGAUGGGCAAAUACAAGAACACCAUGCAAACCGAGUUCUGGACGAGCGACACGGACGAGGAGCGGCUGGAGAUGCUCCAAAAAGCACGUGGUGGCGGCAGCAUUACGCCUCGAUUCUACAAGGAAGUGGUGAAGAAGAACAUUGCUUCGAAGAAAUUGUGCUUCAUGGAAUGCACCAAGCUCACUGACGCCAAGCUUCAGGAGGCGGAUGGGUUAGCCAAGUGGGUUUGCCAGACUGAGCCGGCGUUAUCUGGACUGCCCGCCAUGGAUUACAUAUACUUUGCCACUGGCAUUCAGACGGAUUUUGCGGCAUUGCCAUACUUCCAGACAAUGUGCGAAAAGUACCCGAUCCAGGGCGUUGGCGGCUUUCCGUGUCUGACAGAGGAGCUCAUGUGGAGGAAGGACGUGCCGCUCUUUGUCAGUGGCAAACUGGCGGCACUGCGGAUUGGGCCUUCGGCGCCAAACAUUGGUGGUGCUCGUUUCGCGGCCGACUGGAUCGCCCUGGCCCUCGACAAUUUGAUUGAGCCUGCAGGGGGCGAGGAGCGAAGGGAAGCGAAUGCACGACUUGGUCUGCAAGACUAUGCUGCUGGAGAGGGGAACAUGUACAGUGCCUUGGGUCAUCUUGGAGAUGAAGAUGGAGAGGACAUGGAUGAGGAAGAGACUGAGGAUUCGGGUACGACGUAUGGAUCCGAAGCUGCUGAGGUCUCCGAUGAGACUGCUGGCACAGAUGUGUCAGAUGCUGGCGUUGAUGAGGACCAGAAAUGA